CAAAACUGAUAAAACUUUUUUAUCAAAACACACUUCAUAAUUUCAUCACUUGCGAAUUGUUCCAUGAUUUUUACAAAUUUCUUACGAUAAACUGAAUGUUUUGAGUAUUAUUUUAAUCGGAAUUAUUAAGAAAACCAGUAAAAAUGUCUCUAAUAUCGAAAGCUCAAGCGAAAGUCGACCAGGAGAUCUACUGCAAACGUUUUUUCCAUAAGUACAAAAAAAAUGGAAAUAAUACCAAAGGAUGUAAUCGAGAGGUUGUCAACGAAGUACGAGUUCGAGAAAGAUUUUGAAAGUAAAUCAAAAAUAAUCUCAGAACGUUCAAGUAAUUCGCGAAGAGUAAUUUUCAAAACCCACGGUAUCGAGUCAGUGCUCAUACCUCGACGUUAGACAAAAAAAAAACUCCAGUGAUGAGAGGAUGAAAAAGAGAUCGUCGAGUAUUAUGCUUCUCCUCUCUUCGAUUCUAUAGCUACAUUUUCGCUUAUUAUUUCCUUGUUCUUCGUUCGCGUAUCAUUUAACCUUAAGCUUUGAAGUAUUCAUUUUUUUUUUCUUUUUCAAACUCAUUGUAUGUAGAUUGUUAAAUUUACCUUUGGGAUCCACUUCCCAGUCAGGUAGCUUUUCAGCAAAAACUGAAAAGCUACAAACUCAGUGAAUGACGGUGUCACUCCUGAGUAACUGGCUGGGAGGUAUUUCCCAAACGUAAAAAUUUUUUUCUUCUCAUCAAAAUAUACUCAUACACGAACGGGCGUGUCACUGAGUGAGGAAAUUGAUUAAAGCGAUCUACGUGAUGGUUGGUGACCUCACGUAGAUCUUAAACGAAGGAAGCUACUCUACGAUCGUAGCAACCUUCUUCAAAAGUAAUUUUUUUUUCUAUUUUUUUUACUUUGAUUCAAAUAAAAUUUCUAGAUCACAAAACGACUGACUGAAAAUAAAACAAUUCGAUCACCUAAUUUCUCCAUCUUUUUCAGUUUUCAGUCAAAUUUUUUUUUAAUUCUUGGCCUAGUGAUCUAGAAACGAAAUACUUAAAAACCGAUUCUGCUCAAAAAACUUACAUCGAUCCAAUCGGCUUAUUCUGGGCACUUUGGCUAAAUUCUCAAUAAUAAAUAUCAAAAUUUGAUCGAUGUUAAGUGCACUCCGACAAAACAAACAUUUUUUUUUAUUUUUUUCUAUUAUUUUUGUUCAAAAUUCCCGUUAGAUAAUUCAACGAUUGUACUCGCCGCGAUGUAAUUGUAUCAAAUAUGACGGUGUCAAAUUUGAAAAUGUUCUUUGUGACGUAUAAUUUUUUUUAAAAAAUUCAAUCCAUUGCGCCGCGUGUACUAUAGUUAGUUUUUUUUUACUUUUCAUACAUUUUUUGAUAUUCUUCUUGACGAUGGUGUCGUUGGAAAAAUAUUCAGAGUGAUUUUUUUUUACUAUACUUCUAUAUCUCUUGCAUCACAACAAACGUGAAAAUUUUCUUGUGUUCCGGUGAAAAGACUUCUAAUUAUAUCAUUAAUUUUUUUUUCUCAACCAUCUGUUUUUAUUUCACCAACUCAAAACUCAACAAAACCAUUCAUGACUCAAAAUUCAAUUUACUUCUUUAUUUUUGGCAUAAAAAAUCAAAAUUAAAAACGAAAGGAAGGAGAAAUGAGGAAAAAUCUUCAAGUAUGAAUAAACCAAAACUGCUCAAUGCCAAUAUCAUCGAUCUGUUUGAAUUCAAAAGUGACAGCCUCGAUCACUACAAAAUAAUCACAAAAAAUAGAACUCAAAAUAGAUUGAAUUGAAGCAAAAAUGAGUAAUUAAGAAUGAAAGUUCGAACGAAUGCAACCUGUGAACAGAUAGAAAAAGCAAAUGAGAAAAGAAAUAACUCUGAGUUCGGAGUAAAAUAUGAGGAAAAUCAAUACUUAGCUUAGAAUUUCCAGCUGCUAAAAACAGAAACAAAAUAACUAAAAUUAAUUAAUUAAGGAAACUUGAUUAAUUAAUUAACAAACUAAUAACUAACAUUUAUUUUCUCUAAAAAUAGGAAAAAUAAAGAAAUAACUAACUAAUAACUAAAUAACUAGGAUAACUAACAAAAGGAUACUUUUGAUACACAUUUUUUGGAACUCUGUCAAAACUCCAUCGAAACCAAAAAUCUGUCAAAAAUCAUUUCUGAAACAAAAUAAAAAUACCACAAAAAAUUAGUUAUACAUAAAAAAGACUGCAAAAUACACAUACAAAUAAAUAACUAAAAUUAUCAACUAUGUCAAAAAUUGUCCCUAAAAAUAAACCAAAAAAAAAAAAAAAAACUCAAAAUUUUGUACUUUUGAUUCAAAACUACACAAAAUUAGCAACGUCAACAAGCACUCAAUUGCAACGUUGCCAAUAAUACAUAGUUGUACUCUUUUGGCAAAAUGAAACAACUAACAAAAAUGAUUUUCUCCAACUUUCUCACUUUUUUCCCUUCCCCCCAUACCCUCCUUACCCCCACUUUGGCAUAACAAAAGGAAGGUCAAUUUUCCGAGAAAAAUAAUUCUUUUUGAAAUCACACUAAUAAAAGAUGGUAAUUCUCUCUGAUUUCUGUUUACAGUUUAAUACGUAUAAUAUCCAGGUGAUAUUAGGUAACGAGAAUUCGAGGAAAUAUCAGCUUUAAUUCAAGACGAGUAAGAAAAGAUCCAAAAAGUAAAAUCCAAAAUUUUUUUUUAGAAUAUUUCACUAAUUUUGUCGUGUGUAUUUUUGUGUGUGUUUUUUGUGUGUGCUAACCAAAAUGUUUCAGAAAGAAGACAAGAUGAGUCGAUAUAAGACGAUUUGUGCAAAAUGUGGCGAACCAUUGUUCCCAUUCACACAAUUCAACCAGCUCCAUAUAUCGGUUUGUCACCAUGUCUACCACCAACAAUGUGUCAGUAAAUUCAUUCAGGCAGCUCCGCACCGAAACCCUCGAAUGGACCGUUGUUCGCAUCCGGGCUGUACUCGUUCCCUAGCGGCUAGCGAUUUUUCGAAAAUCGAUUUUGCAUAUAAUACGUACGAACCAAUGCAACCAGCGCCGCCCCCGCCUGAACGACAAAUUCGACCCCAAGUCGACCAAACCGAAUUCGACAUCAUAAAUGAUAUGAACCGACAACUGGAGGCGAGAAUCGUGUCAAUGGAUGAAGAAAUAAACAGCCUAAAAACUCGAUUAUUCAACGCUGUAGACGAAACCGCAAGGACAACCAAAAAAUACAACCGUCUGUUGAACCAACGAAUCGAUCGACUAACCCCGUCCGAUUUCUUCAAAAAAUUCUGUCCACCUGGCAUGGCUCCAAUCCAGCAUCCAUCUAGAUGGAAUACCAUCCAAAUGCCGAUUCGACACAGUUUCCAUUUCGACAGAGACCAGCCACCUUUCGAAACAUCCGGUCCCGCUGGAAUGUCAACUCAAUUUCGACCACCCCCCCCCCGCAACCGCAGCCUCGCCGAGAAUCAUCAAGUCGCGACUGUUCAAGCGACAACGCAGGCAGCAAACGAGGGAGAGAAAGUCCAUCCACAGACAGCACCGACAAUACCCAACAGCCACCCGCCCCCCGCCGGUCAAAAAAGAAGUCAAAGUCAAAUAAAUCACCGCAACCACAACCGAAACAGAUCAAGGGGACGCCGGGAAACAAAGGAAACUACCACAACCGCUACCGCAAGCGUUGGGGUACCGAGUCCACCGAAUUGAAACCCUACUACCCGAUGAAUUCCUACCCUUGCGAUUUUACAGCGGCCAGAUACCAAAUGGGUGAAGAUAAAUACGUCGGCGCUUGGUUUGCGUACAACAUCCUAUUAAUGGGCGACGGACACAUGGCUUCCUUGGUUCGAUUCUUGGGAAAAGACAAAAAAUACAAAAAAUAUCUCGACAACGAUAUGUAUAGAAGAGACCUGCUUCUGGAAGAUCUGGUUGCCUACCUCGGUGAAUUCGACAAAGAAGAAGGUUUCCCGAAAAGAGUCAUGUUAUCCAUCGGGAAUUAUGAUGUUCGUAGAGGAACAGGAUUCCAAGAAUUCAAGAAUCUACUCAGCCAGCUGACAACGACUCUUCAAAAUCUUGGAGUCACUGAAAUAAUCCUCGUACCACUCCUGCCCCUGCCCCCUCGAUCAAAUUACCUGCAUACGCAUGAAAAUAUCACGAGGGCCUUAGACACCAACUGGGAAGCGGAGUUCAAUAUAACAAUGACGAAUAUCGCAAACCUAUUCGAAGACAUGCACACUGGUCAUGCCUAUUAUGACGAAUCCGGACCGUAUUACGACAUCGACGAUUACCAAGAAAUAGCGAAUCGAAUUCACGAACGGUUUAUUCCACCACUGCAACCUCGUCCCUCUGUCCUUCGUGCAGCGCAGGCCGCAGCACAAGCCGCAGAGAACGCCACAAACCAAGAACAAAAUGCCCAGGUUGCAGGAGCCGAACGAAUGCGAGAAGAAGAGCCAGCCUCCACUUCUACCAACGAUGCCACAAAUACAACUGCAGGCAAUUCCUCAAUCACCACAACCCCGACUCACAUCUUUUCGUCGCAGCAAGUUGGCAACGCCAUCAUCACCGUGGUAAAAUCAAUCAAAACCAACGAAGAAGAGAAAAAGCGCGAGGAAUUCAUCAAAAACCGCCAAUCGCAGCAGCAAAAAGAAGCUGAAAUAGAGCGAGAAGAAAAUCAGCGACUACAACAGCAUACAGCUGAUAUCGAAGCUUUCGUCGAUUCUGUCAACAAGGGAGAUGUCAACGACAUUUAUCUUCAAACAGAGGUCUUCGAUCAACUUUGCAAGAAGAACAUGGCGAAAAAUCCUCGACCAACCUGCUCGACACCUCAACCGUCACCCACCAUCCCAGACGUGUCCAACUUAUCGGUAAAUUCACCUGGCAAAGCUUCUUCCGAACAGCCAAAGCAGCAGACGCAAGAUGCGUCCGAUACUUCUCAAACAGAUGAAAACAUCUCCGAACCCAGCACAGCAUCAACAUGGCUGGAGUCGAUCAACGAAGGCGAUGAAUUCGAGGAAGCUGCCAGUCACGUUCUCGAUUUGAUCGAAAAUCCACCUGAGACCCCCCAUGUUGAUAUCGAUGAAAAUAAAAAACCCGACGAUGACGCUGAAAAGCAAAAAUCCCUCGACUAAAACAAGUUGUAUCGUAUCGAAUUUUUUCUAAUUUAGUGUAUUUUAAUGUCUAAUUAGGACAAUUUUUUAUCUUUUAUAAUUUCAUUUUCGUUUGUAACGAAUUAUAUUUUUAGUUGAAUUAAUUUUUUAGCCAAAGAAUUGAUGUUUGUGUUAAUAUUUUUUCCUUUAUACAGGACCUUUUUGUUAAUAAUAAAUGUAUUUUGUUUUUUAAUAAACAGCAAAGCAGUAUUAGAAGGAACCGGAUUCCAUUAUUUCAUUUUAUCACCUCACCAGCUUAUCGAACACAUUUUGAAUUUUUCAAUAGAACCUUUUGUAUAUGCAAAAGCAAAAUUUUGAAUAUUUUUUGGAAUUUUUCCUUUUCAAAUUUUUAGCAUUUUGACAAACUUUAAGAAUAAUUGUUCUUACAGCUUUCAACAGAGACAGAUACGUCUCAGUCAAAAUUCUAAAUCUAAUUCUAAAUUAAUCUACGAUAAACUAAAAUAGAAAUAAUACAAUGUACUAACCUUGAGUAUUUUCGCAGAUCAAAACCAAUUAUUCAUACAAGUACAUGCUUGUAACACGACCGCAGCAGGCUCAACGUUAUGACUCAUACGAUUCAAUCUCCAAAUCUGCAUCCUGAAACAAAUAAAAAAUUAAUAUUCAACAUCGAUUCUUCAAUUAUUUUUAUACAAAACUACUACAUAAGCAUAAAAAAUGCACUGAUUGUAUAUCUACAUAAAUGUAUAGAUAUGUCAUAGAAAAACACCUUUUUUUAAUUUUUUUUUACUACUGACACUGCACCGUAUGUAAGAUGUACAAACUAUCAAAUAAUUUCAUAAAAAUUAAGUGUUUUAUUUACAUACCACUUUAUUUUAUAAUUUUUUUGAUAUUUUCUAAUUUUUUUUGAUCCAAAACUUUCCCAAUCCAUUCAAACAACCGUGAUAAAAUUUGUAACGAUUUUCCCCAAAAUCUUCACAAACCUUUUAAAAAAAAAAUUUUAUCAUUUUUUUUUUUUGAUUUUUUUUGUGAAUUUUCUACAUUUUUAAAAAAAAAAAAAAAAAAAAGCAUCUACAAGCAUGUGCUUACAAAAUGCUACUUAUUCAAAUCUCAAAACCUAAUUUAAAUCAAUGAUUUUAUUUCUUAAGUUGUACAUCUACUUAUUUACAAAUAUUGUGUACUUAAGUUGUCUCUCUCGUUGACAUCGCUCACUCAAAUAUUCGCUCAAUAGCACACUUAACGUAAAAUUUUUUUUCUCUCACCUGCAAAACAUCUUCAAAAUUUUCAUUUUUUCCGCGAUCAUUUUUCAUUUUUUUCAUUCUUCUUUUAUCUUCACAUCUGAAACAAAAAAGCAAAAUAAUUUUCGAUUAGUAACAAAAUUCAAACAAAAGCAAUAACUAUACUAAAAUUGUAACGUAAAACAUACCAUCAAUUUUCUUCAUUCUUCAGGAACCCUAAAUUUUCUAAAAAACACAAAAAGAACAAUAGUUUAAAGAUCACACAUCACUACAUGACUUACCCAGUUUGCAGUGCGAACACUGACCUAAAGUGAUUAAUUACACCUAGGUAAAGAGCUUCGCACGAUUCACCCAUUAUAAGAGCAUCAUCAAUUUUCUUUUUCAAAAUACCCUUCUUCAAUUUUUCCAAAUUUUUCCAACUUUUAAAAUUUUUCUCUCAAAAAACUAAGCAAGUUCCAUCUUUUGCAUAUUACCUCCAAAGUCUAUCUUUUCGAUCCUGUCGUGUUUUGAUUAUUCCAUUUGAUCCUUCUUGGGCAUUGGUUGCUCAACAGUGUUCCAGCUUAUAAGUUGUGCACGUUGGGUUAAUGAAUGUUCAUGAACUCAAAUGUCGUAAUCACUUCACCAUUUAAAUUUCACGCCUCCGACCCACAUUUGGCAAUUUUUUUUUUGGUAUAAAAUUCCUUUACUCCAAAUUAGUCUGCAGCUUAAUGCAGCAAAGUACGGAGGGGCAGUGGUAGGAUGCUUAUCAUUAGAUCAGAUAGGAUAGGAGGGGUGCAGGGAGUUGGACCACGCAGCAUCCUUUUUUCAUGAUCCGUUCUUCACUUCCUUAGCUGCUCAUCAGGAGCAAAGUACGAAGGGGCAUAUGUCAGGGACAAGCGUGGCCCAACUGCCUAGCAGUUAUUUCCAUAUGUACCACCAUAGGGUGUACUAUGAGCUGUCUUCCUAUAGGGAUGGCUGAGCCGAAUCCCUUCGAUUACGUGUUAACUGCUAUAUGAUCGUAUGCAUAUGUGCACACACACACACACACACAGACGAUCAUUAUAAAAACAUGACGUCAUAUAUUGGUAAUCGGUUGCGCAUCGCGCAUGUUAGGAUAGCCAGUUACCCCUUUACACCUCGUCUACAACCCUAUCCGUUAGAUCCUCCCUUAUUUAUAGGGUAGUGGGGACUGCUAUGUUCGCGAGAGAUGCUGGCAUCAACCAAGCAUCUCGCGAAAUCCAAGCUCCUUACUUAGCGUCGGAAUCUCGAGCUCUCUGGUGCUACGUCCAAGUGAUGUGUCGAUCUCAUCGUCAUGAUCAAAUAAUAAACGCACAGGCCUAUGUCUGUGUCUUUCUAUUUCUGAUUGUACCACUUAUAAGCGUGGAAAUUUACAGUGUAUUCUUUUAUACCAAAGUAGCUUAUAUGGCGGUAGAAUGAAUAUUACUUUUAUUAACUCUCUUAAACGGUUUAAAUUACACUACAUAAUGACUCGAAUAACUCUAAAAAAUAGUGCCAAUAACUCUUUAACUUUUUUAUAUAACUCUUUAACGUAACCGGAAUAACAUCGCGAAUAACUCUUUACAUAUCGUCGCGUAUAAUUGUGAACGGAGAGACGAUAUAACUGGUAACAGUGUCAGUAAGUAACCAAAUAUGCAUAAAAUCCCUUAGAACUAGCAUGAUUAUUUUAUGAUUCGAACCCUUAUAACUAUUGUGCUACUUUAUGUAUAUUUUCUCUGGAAUCACAUGAAUGUGUGAUUGCCAUGAUUUUCACCUUGUGAUGUAAAAUACCUCGAAUUAGACAUAUUCAGUGUAAAAUACGAGUUUGACUUAUUUCUAGUAUUUUACUCACUUUCUAUAUACGAUACAAGGCGGAUUGGAAUUUAUCUCAUGUCCUCAAUUAGAGCUAGCCAGGACACUGCGCCAAUGUUCCCCACUUAGGGAAUAUAACUGGGUUUACCCACCGAUUUAGGGGUUAUUACCAAUUUCCCUUAUAUCAUUAAUUCCUAUCCCCCUUAUAUCAAGCACAUACGAAGAUGCAGCUUGGGCCUCUGAAUAUGACCGAGAUACCAACCCGGAAUCCAAUGGCGCCAUGACGACCGCCGUGUUGAUAAGUGCCGAAAGGCAUGAUGCUUUGCGACCGGUGGUCAGAGAAAAUCCACUGGAGGCCGGGGGCUCAAGGGAGCUGGUUGCCGGAAAAAUAUACACGCCUCAAGGACCGCACGAAAACACCGAAACGCUGGAGGACAUCUUCCAUAGGAUAUCAACAGUCAAAAACACCUAUGACCACGCUAGAAAACCAACCAAAACUGACAACCCUAUUAGCCCCCAAUCAAUAUUAGGAAAAUAUUUUGACGAUAUUGACCAUCAAAACGAUGCCAGUAGGAUAGUGGAUAGGGCCCUGGAGCAGCUACUAGUUAGUGGGCAGUUAGGACACCCUUUCACUCUACUCUUCUAUCACCACAAGCUUUUCGAACCAAUGCAAUACCUAGUCCUUAGGGCAGUUAAAGAGAGGUUUUUUAGACCAGCUGGACCGGCGGCCGUGGCCACCCUUCUCCCGUACAAGGAGUACAUGGAAGCUGCCCCGUCAACUC